UGCGCCGCGCUGCGCAUGGCCUGCGCCGCGCUGCACGCGCUGCUGCUCGCCCGGCCCCGCGCCGACGUGUUCGUGUGCGACCAGGUGUCCGCCUGCAUUCCCAUCCUGCGGCUGGCCGGGGGGCGGCGGAAGGUGCUGUUCUACUGCCACUUCCCCGACCAGCUCCUGACGAAGAGGGAGUCCUUCCUGAAGCGCCUCUACCGCAUCCCGCUGGACUGGCUGGAGGAAGUCACCACCGGCAUGGCCGACUGCAUCCUCGUCAACAGCAACUUCACCGCCGGCGUGUUCAGGGAGACCUUUAAGUCCUUAUCCCACAUAAAGCCAGAGGUCCUCUACCCGUCGCUCAGCACCAAAAGCUUUGAAACGACCGUUCCCGCAGACAUAGCUGAGCUGGUGCCCAAAAGGAAGAAGUUCCUGUUCCUUUCCAUUAAUAGGUAUGAGAGGAAAAAGAACCUGGCGCUGGCUCUGGAAGCUCUGCACGAGCUUCGCGGAAGACUGGAUUCUCGUGAGUGGGAUGAAGUUCACCUGGUUGUGGCAGGGGGCUAUGACAAAAAGGUGCUGGAAAACGUGGAGCACUAUGAAGAGCUGAGGAGUGUUGCGACCAAGCUUAAUAUCACCGACCAGGUGACCUUCCUGAGAUCGUUCUCAGAUGAGCAGAAAAUGUCUCUUCUUAGUAACGCUUUGUGUGUGCUUUACACUCCAAGUAACGAACACUUUGGCAUUGUUCCUCUGGAGGCGAUGUAUAUGAGAUGUCCAGUUAUAGCUGUUAAUUCAGGGGGACCUUUAGAAUCAAUCUUGAAUAAUGUUACAGGAUAUUUGUGUGAUCCUUUGCCAACACAAUUCUCUGAGGCCAUGGAAAAAUUUGUGAGAGAUCCUCUCUUAAAAGACACAAUGGGAGCAGCUGGGAGAGACAGAGUUAUGGAAAAAUUUUCAUCAGAAGCAUUCACAGAACAGCUGUACCAAUGCAUAUGCAGAUUAACACAGUAAAAUUAUAUUCCUGCAUUAAACUUUAUAGCUUUGUAUGUUUGAUCUUUAUAGGGGACCAAUAUUCAAUGUGAGAACUUGAUGAAGAACUUGGAACGUGCGAGUUCCCUUAUUAUAUUGUUCGAUUAAAAAAAGCAACAAGCAGAAAAGCUUCAGCUGUUUUAUUAGAUGGUUCUUGUGGUAGGCUGAUUUGCCGUUGUACAAGUUCUGUGUGCAGUGCCUGGAAAAAUGCAUAGUUCAAAUUGCACUAUACUUGCAAUAUUAUCACAUCUUUAUACUGUACAGUAUGGACAGUUCAAUUUAGAAAAGGCCAGUAUAUAUAUACAAAUAUACAUAUGCAAAUAAGACUUGAUAUUACAGCAUAGCAUUCUUUGUAAAGCUACAUUUCAAACUUGCAUUUUUGAUAGAUGGUAAGAGCUGGUAUGGAAAGAAUUAAUCCAUCAGACUACAAGUUUAAAGAAAUAAGCAUACUUAAAGAUUUGAGUUGUGUGUUUGGUCUUAGAGGCAGCUUUAAUUUUCAGGAGCCCCUUGUCCUAGGUGUUGUAAUUCUUACCAGGGGAAAGGACUUGCCAAGAGAUGAAAGCAAAGGGUGAAGCUGCUACCUUCCAGUACUUUCUAGGAGAGAAUGGCCCUCCAGCUCGGUCAGGAACAUCAACUUCUCCAAUGAAACUCCAGCUGAUACCUGAACUGAUCUGU